AUUUCUACUUUUUUGAAUUCACAUCCACAUCAUAUCCUUUGAUACUCUUACCCACAUUCAAUCAUGUCCACAUAACUACCACCGCAUCCAACAUGGAAUCCUCAGAUCCCCAGCCUGUACGCGCCCCUGUUAUUAGCUCCUCUGCCACCUCUUCCCCAAUCCUUUUCGACACUUUCCUGCUCCUCCUUCUCAGACUCGUAUACUUCUUCAUAUCCCGCAAGUUUUUACACUCUACGAUCAAUCCUACUCUCCGGGACAUCUCACAGCCGGAUACAAUCCUCCCACCCACCGUAUUAUUACCGACUGCGGACAGUUCGCGGCGCGGCGGGAACGCGUUGGGACUUGAGACUGAGUAUAACGAUGAGACAGACGACACUAGCUUUACGCCUGUAUCUUCAUACCCAGGCUCUCCAGCGCCUAUAAGCGUGACCCUUGCAUCGUCAAACAACGGCUUUAGACGGGACGAUAACCCAAGUUAUUCAUCUUCAAAUCUCCCUUCGUAUCCCUCUCAAGGCGAGAAUACCAUUGAGCUACAAGCAAUCGGACAAAAGCUCAAGGAUGCAAGCUCUGGAGUGAGUAGGAAGGUACUUCAAUUGAGUCAUGGCAAAAGAUCUGGAGCAGGGACCAAGCGGGUGAAGAAGGCGACGCGAGGGUUACAUCGAGUUUCAAGGAUCUUAUUCUCAGUGUGUUUCGCAGAGGGUUGCAACUUGCUCAGCUUGGUGGUAUUCCAUGCGAUAGGCGUGCUCAAUGCUAGAUCUCGCCAGGUCAACUUUUCGGUCUCUCUCCACUUUAUCCUCGCAUUAAUCCUUGUUGUUGUCCCGCUGGUCCAAUGUCUCUUGUUCACCUAUCGAUCUAGAGAUUCGUCAUCUACUUCAACCACCCCUUCUCAAUCAUCAUCACUCUCCUUCACCUCACGCUUGCUCAUAUCGCUCAUCCCAUUCACCCUUUACAUGUUUUUGUUUACCCGUAUCCCGCCUUACAUAACCGCGGUGCCUAUGAACGUCCAGGUCGUUUCAACACCAUCAAUGGAUAUUGAUGACCCAUCAUCUACCGCUUCUUCAAUUGACGAGGCUAUCGUACAGUGGUCGACAUCUGGACCUGAGGGAUGGGAGCAAGGAGGUUGGUUAGCCCCUAGUUUGGGACGAGUCGUCGUUCUCGGCGUAGUCAUUUUGGGAAGUUUGUCCGGCUUUGGUGCUGUUCGCUCAGCUUGGAAUUUUUUCGAGCACCGACGAGCUGGAAGUCGCACGCUCACGGAUAACGACCUUCUCCAGGCCGAGCGAUCACUCUAUAGGGUCCGGCAGGAUCUGAUUUCCAAGAGGGAUGAGAUUAACCGGUACGCUGUUCCGAAUGGAGAAGGAUCGAGCGGCUGGAUGGGGAGGAUAUUUAGGGGUGAAAAUAACCAAACUGCCUCUCUUGAGGCCGAAUUGAAAGGCCUGGAAACGAUGGAGAUGCAAGUAUCAAGAUCGCUCAGAGCUAUGAAGGCUCGAAAGAGACGGCAGGAUUUCGGGCACACGUUCCGUGGACAGAUAUAUAACGUUUUAGGCUACGUCUUUGCCAUUUACUGUGCUGCGCGUCUCCUUAUGUGUCUCCCAUCACUCUUUUUCGCGCCGCGCACAGCUGAACAAGAAUCGGGAGAGAUUCCGGUAGAAGGCAGGGGUAACACCAACGGUGACUGGAUCUCAUUCUUCCUGGCGCUUGCUAUCAGCAAGUUGCCCAGAGACUUUGCGGAUAUUGAUGUGCCGACAUGGAGUCGAGGGAUUUCGCUAAUCUUGACGGGUGUGUUGAUCUUGUCGAGUCUGACACAGGUUAUGCGGAGCUUGAGCAAGAUUUUGAGGUUGACAAGCAAGACUGUUGGCGCGGGUUUCUUACUGCUCAGCCUGGGACAGCUUUUUACGACCUAUGUGAUUUCUCUACUCAUCCAAUUGCGAACGUCACUCCCGCCUACCUUGCCCGAGUCCGGCCCGUUUGGCAAUCAUGGCAAUUACACAGGUAUCGACCAUGACGACCAGUUUACUGAUUCGUCUCCGAAAGACGACUCGCUGUUGUCGACCCUACCCGACUUUAGAGUGUUUGGGCGGCUCUUUGACAUUAUGUUUUUGCUCGCUGCAGCUACGACCGCACUUUACCGAUACAUCGUUUUGAUAGCCAGCGCAGAUGAUAUUGGUGAUGUUUAUACAUAGACACAUUAGAUAUAUAUAUAUCUCCAUGCUAUACGCU